UUCACACACACAUACACAGACGGAGUGUGCGGUAUCUCUCUGUUAAACCUGUUCACAUGCCCUGCCUCUUUCUCAGAGCUUCGAUCUGCGAGUCUUUACUGAGCAUUACAGAUAAGAGAGAGAGAGAGAGAGAGAGAGAGAGAGAGAGAGAGAGAGAGAGAGAGAGAGAGAGAGAAAAUUAGGUUAUAUCAGUCGAGAACAUCAAAGUGACACCCGUCAAAACAAAACUAAAACAUUCUAUACCGACUGUACUUGUGUGCGUGAUUUUUAAAUUUUUUUUUUUUAGCACAAGCACGUCUUUUUUUAAAGGGCGUAUUAUCGGAUCUCGCUUGGACAAUAGGACCUACAGGUGUUGGGAUUAUUCAGAUAUUUGUAUUGUCCCCAUGAGUAGAAGUCAGCCACCUUCCGAAAUCAAACCUGAUCGAAGAGAGUGAGAGAAAGAGAGAGGAGGAGAGAUAGAGGGAGAGAGAGAGAGGAACGCUUUUGUCUGAUGUAGUCUGCAUCAGUCCUGGUGGUCUGGUCUUCUCAAUGCACGGAAGGAUCUGUAUGAUCGUACGGAUCUUCGUAUUAAACUCCCGCUGGCGGCCGGGUUCCGAGCAAGCUUUCAGAGUCGAUGUAUAGGAAUGGAGCGGUUAAUCUCGCAGUAACACCGGAGCAAGAGGAAGGAAGGCUGAAGGAAGGUUUUCUGCAUUUGCACUUAUAUUAAAAAACGAGAGGAGGAAUGGCCGAGAAGGCUCUGGACCCUGGUGCUGUCUCCAUCCCCUUGGAAGAGACCAUAUAUAAUGGGGGUGCCCAGGACGCUCCCCUGCUCGUCUCCACACACCUGAAGAAGGUGGAGAAUCACAUCACGGAGGCGCAGCGCUUCUCCCACCUGCCCAAGCGCUCGGCCAUCGACCUGGAGUUCACCGAGCUGUCGUACUCCGUGCGCGAGGGCUCCUGCUGGCGGAAGAGAGGCUAUAAGGCGCUCCUCAAAUGCCUGUCCGGGAGGUUCUGCAGUCGGGAGCUGAUCGGGAUCAUGGGGCCGUCAGGGGCCGGCAAGUCAACCUUCAUGAACAUCCUGGCGGGGUACAGGGAGACGGGGAUGAAGGGUCAGAUCCUGGUGAACGGUCUGCAGAGGGAGCUCCGCACCUUCCGGAAGAUGUCAUGCUACAUCAUGCAGGACGAUAUGCUGCUGCCUCACCUGACUGUCAUCGAGGCCAUGAUGGUUUCAGCCAACUUGAAACUGAACGAGAAGAUGGAAAUGAAGAAAGAGCUGGUGACUGAGAUCCUGACAGCCCUGGGUCUCCUGGAAUGUGCUCUCACUCGCACCCUCUCGCUGUCGGGGGGGCAGCGCAAGCGCCUGGCCAUCGCCCUGGAGCUGGUCAACAACCCGCCCGUCAUGUUCUUCGAUGAGCCGACCAGCGGUCUCGACAGCGCCUCUUGUUUCCAGGUGGUCUCUCUCAUGAAGUCUCUGGCUCAGGGCGGUCGCACCAUAAUCUGCACCAUCCACCAGCCCAGCGCCAAGCUCUUCGAGAUGUUUGACAAGCUCUACAUCCUGAGUCAAGGACAGUGUAUCUACAAGGGCUCCGUGCCUCACCUCAUCCCCUACCUGAAGUACCUAGGUCUGCACUGCCCCACCUACCACAACCCUGCAGAUUUCAUUAUCGAGGUGGCGUCGGGGGAGUAUGGGGAUCUGAACCCCGUGCUGUUCAAGGCCGUGCAGGACGGGAUGUGCAUGAUGGAGGUGAAGAAGAGCGAGACCGACAAAAACGACACGGCGUCCUCCUGCCCCACGCAGUGUCACAACUCCACUCCCAUUGAGAGCCACACCUUCGCUACCAGCACCCUGACGCAGUUCUGUAUCCUGUUCAAGAGGACCUUCAUCUGCAUCUGCAGAGACACGGUCCUGACUCACCUGAGGGUCAUGUCUCACCUCUCUAUCGGGGUGCUGAUCGGUCUGCUGUACCUCAACAUCGGGAACGACGCUGGCAAGGUCUUCAAUAAUACCGGCUUCCUCUUCUUCUCCAUGCUCUUCCUCAUGUUCGCAGCGCUCAUGCCUACCGUCCUCACCUUCCCCUUGGAGAUGUCAGUCUUCCUCAGAGAGCAUCUCAACUACUGGUACAGCCUCAAGGCAUACUACCUGGCCAAGACCAUGGCAGAUAUACCGUUCCAGGUGAUCUGUCCCAUCAUGUACUGCAGUAUCGUAUACUGGAUGACAGCCCAGCCCCCCGAGGCCACGCGCUUCCUCCUCUUCGCAGCUCUGUCCACGUGCACGGCGCUCGUGGCUCAGUCCCUGGGGCUGCUCAUUGGGGCUGCGUCCAACUCACUGCAGGUGGCCACCUUUGCAGGUCCCGUCACAGCCAUCCCUGUGCUGCUGUUCUCUGGGUUCUUUGUUAACUUCAACACCAUCCCCAAAUACCUGCAGUGGAGCUCCUAUGUGUCCUACGUCAGGUACGGGUUCGAGGGAGUGAUCCUGUCUAUCUAUGGGAUGGACCGGGCUGAUCUGGAGUGUGCGGAGGAGCUGUGCCCCUUCAAGGAGGCGAAGAGGGUGCUGAAGGAGUUGGACGUUGAGGAUGCCAAGCUCUACCUAGACUUCAUCAUGCUGGGGAUCUUCUUCCUGCUCCUGCGCCUCGCCGCGUACCUGGUGCUGCGCUACAGGGUCAAGUCCGAGAGGUAGAGAGACCACUGGAGAGAGAGAGAGAGAGAAGGAGACACACACUCCUUCAGAUACCCACCUCAAGGCUUCUCCCUGGCUGAAACACCGACUGGAGUGUACACACUGAGCAUCGGUCGCGAACAGAAUUUUGAAAACGUUUGUUGGAAACUCAGCGUUUUACCUCCAUUGUGUUGCCUUGACAACGGGGUCCUUGUUUACAUUCUCACGGGAGCCACAAGACAAAAUGGUGCUCCCGACAAAAAAACAAACAGUUCUUUAAACGGGAAUCUGUCUCUUUCAGUCCAGUCUCCAACAGCAUUUUACUCACCCUGGCCAGUAUGUUCAAUGUGAUAGCUAUACAUCUGUCUGUCUGUCUAUCUAUCUAUCUGUCUAUCUGUCUGUCUGUCUGUCUAUCUAUGUAUCUAUUGACCAAUCUAUAUAUAUAUAUAUAUAUAUGUAUGUACAUAUUCUUUAUGCAUAUAGAUUUAUAUAGAUAUGUACUUAUUUACCUGGUUUCUUAAUUCUCGUUUCUGAAUGAAAUUGUGGGUCCAAGGCUUUGGUGAUUUAUAGAAGCAAGCACAGAUUUUUUGUUUUUUGAUACUGCUGCAAUGAUCAUUCAUAUUACGGCAUGAUGUGAGCAUGUCUUGUGUGUCAAGGGUGAUUUAUAAAAGGAGAAUACCAAUAAUGAUUAUCAUUGAUAACACUCUAAAACAAUCCGCUCUGAGUGAAAUGCAGCAGGCAGGGCUUAGGGACAGAACAGCUAUUUUGCAGUUAACGCUAGUCUCUCUGACAGAUUGCUGCAGAUCCAAAUGAAAUACAGUAUAUAUUGCAAUAUACAAAAAAAUAUAGUGUUGAUAUGGGUUGAUUUAUUAUGUUGUGAAUUACAAAAUAUACAAUAUAUGUAUGAAAUAAUAAAAUCGGUUUCAAAUAUAUAUAUAUAUAUAUAUAUAU